AAAAGAAAGAAAGAAAGAAAGAAAAAGUAUUUAGUCAUUCAGUUUGCAUUGAUCUGUGAUAAUCCAGUUAUGAGUGGUGUUAUAGAUUCCCCUACCUCCCGUCUCUGCUCUUAUGGCCUCAGUGAUGAUGCUUUAGGAUAUUUUUUCAGUUAAAAGAGUCUGAUUAAUAAUGAUGGCAAUUAGCAAACAAAGUAAAACAAUUUGCAGACAUGCUUUCCAUCCUUUCAUUUGGAGGAAAAAUAGCUUAGCUUUACUCAGUCGGAGAUUUCUGUGCAGUAAAGCAGAAGGAAAUUUACCUAUGAGCGCUGCAGCUUUGGUGUGACAUUGUCACAGGCCAGAGAAUCUCUGGGAUAUUUCAGCCCCACCUGGACAUUUUAUUGGCACACACUAUCUUGAGAAACCCUUUUGGGGCCAGCAGAGAUUGAAAACUUGCAGGGUGUAUUGAGUAAAAUGAGUCUGUGACAAAGAUAAGGCAAUCAGUAAAUCGAAAUCUGCUGAUAGUGGUCAGGGACAGAAAUGAUGUAGCAGGAUCUGUAUGUCAGUACAGGAGAUGGAGAUAAGGGACAACAUCAGAUGGAUGUCAAGAAAUCCUCUCAGAUCAGGCUGGGCCACCUCACCCCCACCCUCACAAUGCCUGGCUCUUAAAACUGCAUUCCCAGAAUUGUCUUCAGAGGCAAGAAGCUCCAGAGGAAAAUGGAAAGCUUUUGAUAAGGUCCAAGAAACUCCUCCUGGAGCUUUUUACUGCUUUGGAUUUCUUAUCAUUUUCACCAAACAGGGACUGAAUCUCCGCACCAUUCCACCAUUGAAGUGAGAUUUUCCAACUGCCUAACUCUCUGAAAACACCCACCUGAAUUCUCUGUGCUCAACAGAGCAGCCCAAGGAUAAACCCUCCGGUAAAUCCCAUGUGACUGAAGAUAUAGGAGUCUGCCUGAAGACGUGACCAUUUGCCGUCCCCAGUGACCAACACACUGCAGGCUGAAGCAGACAGGCUCAACUCUGCAAGAGGACAAGUUCAUCCCAGGUUUCCCUGUUGCCCUUUGCCAUUACCCAAAAGAGGAUGGAGCUCGGCGAGAUCGUUGUGACUGAACAUCCCAAUGAGAGGGAGCUGUACAAGAAGGAGAUGCCAAGAGCUCAGGACCUGCUGUGGAGAAGUGGAAACUGGAUCCUCCAUGGUUUUGGGUAUCUCACAGGAGAAAUGAAAGAAUAUGGAGAGUGGAUGAAAAACAAACCCUUAAUGGUUCAGCUGGUGGACUGGAUCUUGCGAGGGACCUCUCAGGUGAUGUUUGUCAACAAUCCUCUCAGUGGACUGAUCAUUUUAGUGGGGCUUUUCAUCCAGAGCCCCUGGUGGAUGCUCACAGGCUGCACUGGAACCACUGUGUCCACGUUAACUGCGCUGGCCCUCAGUCAGGACAGGCCGUCCAUCGCAGCCGGGCUGCACGGCUACAACGGGAUCCUGGUGGGCCUGCUCAUGGCUGUCUACUCUGACAAAGGGGAUUACUACUGGUGGCUUCUCCCCCCUGUGGCAGUGAUAUCCAUGGCCUGCCCAGUCCUGUCCAGUGCUUUGGGAUCCAUCUUCAGCAAAUGGGACCUUCCUGUUUUCACUCUGCCCUUCAACAUUGCGGUGACCCUGUACCUGGCAGCCACAGGACACUACAACCCCUUCUUCCCCACAACCCUUAUCAAGCCCGUAGCUGCAGUGCCCAAUAUCACCUGGUCUGACAUCAAUGUACCUCUGCUCUUACAGUCCAUUCCAGUUGGAAUUGGUCAGGUGUAUGGUUGUGGGAACCCCUGGACUGGCGGCAUUUUCCUUGUGGCUCUGCUCAUCUCCUCCCCACUGAUUUGUCUACAUGCUGCAAUUGGAUCAGCUGUGGGGAUGUUUGCAGCCCUGAGCAUUGCAUCCCCAUUUGACAGCAUCUACCUUGGCUUACACAACUACAACUGUGCCCUGGCCUGCAUCGCCAUCGGGGGCAUGUUCUACGCCCUGACCUGGCAGACACAUUUGCUGUCACUUGCCUGUGCAUUAUUUUGUGCCUACUCCGGAGCAGCUCUUGCUAAUGCCCUCUCUGUGCUCGGGCUGCCGGUGUGCACCUGGCCCUUCUGCCUCUCCGCGCUCCUCUUCCUGCUGAUAACCUCAGAAAACCCGGCCAUCUACAAAAUGCCCCUCUGCAAAGUCACACACCCAGAAGCCAACCGGAUCUACUACCUGAGGAUGAAGAGAAGGGCCUCGGAGAGCAGGAGGGAGGAGCAGAAGAGAAAGGAGCAGAAACCCUCUGACAGCUCAAAAAUGAGCCCUGGGGGCACCCCACUGUGCACCCCCAAGAGCCGCCACGCUCACUGAUUUCAGGCACACGCAGCUCUGCAGUUUGGGGGCAGCUUUUCCAGCUUCACCCAGGCACACCACAGCCACAAACACCACUUUUGCCAGCAGUCUGAGGGCUGGAGAUUCAGCGUUCCACGCUGGAGGAAUCACGGUUUGCCCUUGAGCUAAGCUUUCCAAAAAGCACUCAGGUAACAUAAUAACAGCUGCCUUAUCAAUCCACUGGCUGUUAACUUGAAAGUCACUUCUUAUCAAUAAUAAUUAUAAGAAUAGGCAGAAGAACAUUAAAGCUGACAAGAGGUUGCAUUUAAUUUCAGAGGUGUAAUUUAACAAAGUAAAUAUGCUGAGAAGGCAUUGGUGUCUAAUAACAAUAAAUAAUGUAAGAACUAAGUCAAGAGCUGCACUCCAAAUUAAGAGCAUGUAUAUUUGAAAGUGAAAUAAACAGACUGUUCUCUUCCUUUCUUGUGUGCCAUCAA